AUACUCGGUAAAAUCUGGUUAUUUUUUCAACUUCAAGUUGAGCUUCCUUUUCCGUUCGACCGUUCGUGAGAGAAGUUAAUACAGCAAACAUGUCUGACGUCGAAGUUGAUGAUGCUCCCUCUGCCCCACCAGCAGUUGGUGGCCCAAUGGAUGUGAACCAGGCUUUACAAGAUGUCUUGAAAACCGCUCUCAUCCAUGACGGUGUCAUCCACGGGCUCCACGAGGCAGCUAAAACUCUCGACAAAAGGCAAGCUGUUCUUUGCAUCCUCGCCGAAAACUGCGACGAACCCAUGUACAAGAAACUGGUGUCUGCUUUGUGCUCUGAACAUCAAAUCCCCCUUAUCAAGGUUGACAACAACAAGAAAUUGGGAGAAUGGGCUGGACUCUGCAAAAUUGACAACACCGGCAAGGCCCGCAAAGUUGUUGGUUGCUCGUGCGUCGUAAUCACAGACUAUGGUGAGGAAUCCCCUGCCUUAGACGUUCUUAAGGAAUACCUUAAGAAGUAAACAUUUUUUUAAUAAUAAAUUAAAAAUAUUCUAAGAA